AUCCGACAGCAACUAGCUGGCUAGCACGCUCGCUCCUCCCAGUACAAUCAGUAUGCAUUCUUCUCGCUUGAGUUCCAGCAUCUCAACGAACCAGCUGGGAACAAUAUUGACCACCACCGACCUGAAUGGAACAACAACAGUGGAGCCCGGAGCCUUAACGCAGCUGAUCAGCGCUACCGGCGAUCCCAAGGAGAGAAUCAAGAAGCUUUUCCAAAAACUCGAGCUGUCAGCCUCCCCAUACGACACCGCAUGGGUGGCCAUGGUUCCAUCUCCCGCGGCAGCGGCUUCACGCGCUCCCAGCUUCCCAGGCUGCCUUAGUUGGAUACUAAAGAAUCAGCACAGUGAUGGUUCCUGGGGCUUGCAGCCUGUUCACAGCAGAGACCCGACGCUAAUGAAAGACACACUCUCCUCCACUUUGGCUUGCAUUCUCGCGCUCAAGCGCUGGGGCAUUGGUGACGACUGA